AUGGGCAAGUCGGACGUGUAUAGCUCUCCAAUUGUGUUUUCCCAAUUAGAUUUGAGGGUAGGCAAGAUCAUUGAAGUGAAGGCGCAUCCAAACUCAGAGCGCCACUAUAUAGAAAAAGUGGAUAUUGGCAAGGGUGAGGAGCUUGAGAUGGUCAUGGAGCAUCAGCCAUAUUUUGCCGAGGAGGAGUUGCUUGGUCGUAAGGUCGUCGUACUGUGCAACCUCAAGAUGGUCAAGGUGGUGCGAACGCGCUCCACGGGCGGUAUCCUCUUGGUAACCAACGACAAAGGAAAGGUGGAGCUGCUAGAACCAAGCCCGGAGGCUGAGGUUGGUGAACGCGUGUACGCGAGCGGCGAAGAGCAGCAAGAGCCGGUGACCCCCAUCCAGAUGAAGAAAAACAAGGUAUGGGAGACGCUGUGCAAGGACAUCAAGACCAAUAACAAGUGCGAGGUCAUGUAUUUGGACCGGUUUCCGGUGCGCUCCCGGUCGGGUCCUGUGCGCGUUGAGUCGCUGAAGAAGGUGCUUGUAACCAAAUAA